UCAGCUGGAGCAGAGAGAGAGGCACGCAGAGAGAGGAGUGUGUGUGGAUGUGCUCGCCUGACUGACUGUGUGUGUGUGACAGAGAGCGGGCAGGACGCGUGGAUACUACUCUGCAGGACUGGAUGUGUUGGGCGUCACGGAGAGAGACCACACAUACAACACAAAAGAGUUGUGCGGACACAAAGUGCAGACUGAGCUGCAGACGGCAGAGCACGGAGGAGUGAGCAGACAAGACACCUGAGACCAGACCCACAGCGCUCAUGGCGAGCAAUAACACAGCCAGCAUCGCACAAGCCAGGAAGCUGGUGGAGCAGCUGAAGAUGGAGGCCAACAUUGACCGGAUAAAGGUGUCAAAAGCAGCGGCGGACUUGAUGUCGUACUGCGAAGCUCACGCCAAAGAGGACCCUCUGUUAUCGCCGGUGCCCGCGUCGGAGAACCCGUUUAGGGAGAAGAAGUUCUUCUGUGCCAUCCUGUAAACUAGGUCUGCUCCGUGUGGGACUUUUGAACGUGGACGUUCAGAAUAACGUAGAAAUCUUCUUGUAGGAGGGGGCGCGGCGAUUAUUGCCCCCGAACGGCACCUAAAGAGUUUACAUGUAACCGUUAAAGGGGUUGUGAUUGUGGUUGUUUGAGGCGUGUUGUUGCAGCAUGUUGAAGGGUCUGUGCUUUUAGAUGACACAAUGAGGAUGAGGAUGAAGACGCGUGCGGGACAACCUACCGAGUCUUCAGGUUGUGAUGUGUACAAAACUAAAAAUAGAUAAAAUGAGAAUAAAAAUAUAUUGUGGUUCUUUUUUUUCGGGACUUCCAAAUGUUUCUGUUAAAUGGUUUGUUGGUGGAGCAAAGUGAAAACACACCAACGUUAAAGUUUACCUGCCACCUAGAUAUCUUUCUAUACAUGUAGUGGAACGGCUCUGCUUUUUGUUUUUACACCAACAGGUUAGUGAAAGACUUUUCAACGGGAUGUUUGAAACAUUCCACUCUGUGAUUCUUCUUCUUUUGUCUCCCUGUAUCAACAUCUGUAUCAACAUCUGUAUCAACAUCUGUAUCAACAUCUGUAUCUACAUCUGUAUCAACAUCUGUAUCUACAUCUGUAUCAACAUCUGAUGCAGUUUGUCUCCUUCGGAUACAAAGAAUCCCUCUUUCUACUGUUUGUAUAAAAUGACUAGCAAGUAAACUGUGCUGUGCUGUGA